ACCGCCCCAGGGGCAGUGUGGCAGCUGGGACGGCAGAGGCUGCUGCUGGGGUGGCCUGGGCUGCAGCUGAGACUGCCUGCCACUGCCACACGCUGACUGCUCUCUCCAAGAUGCAGUCUCUGGACCCUGAGGAGCUCCUGGUCGAUGAAGAGGAUGAUAUUUUUGGUGAAGGACUACCAGCCCGACUCCCAGAAACCAUGUUGGUAGGAUCCCAGUCCUUCUCCCCGGGAGGGCCCAAUGGCAUCAUUAGAAGCCAGUCGUUUGCGGGCUUCAGCGGCCUUCAAGAAAGGCGAUCCAGAUGUAACUCCUUCAUUGAAAAUACCUCUGCUCUCAAGAAGCCUCAGGCCAAACUGAAGAAAAUGCACAAUUUAGGACACAAAAACAACAACCCUCCCAAAGAGCCUCAACCUAAAAGGGUAGAAGAGGUCUACAGGGCCUUGAAAAGUGGACUUGAUGAAUAUCUAGAGGUUCACCAGACGGAGUUGGACAAGUUGACAGCUCAAUUAAAAGAUAUGAAAAGAAACUCUCGCCUGGGUGUGCUGUAUGACCUAGACAAGCAAAUUAAAACGAUUGAAAGAUACAUGAGACGCCUGGAGUUUCACAUUAGUAAGGUAGAUGAGCUCUAUGAAGCUUAUUGUAUCCAAAGACGCCUCCAAGACGGUGCCAGCAAAAUGAAGCAAGCCUUCGCAAUGUCCCCUGCCAGCAAGGCCGCCCGGGAGAGUCUGUCAGAGAUCAACCGGAGCUACAAAGAGUACACAGAGAAUAUGUGCACCAUUGAAGCGGAGCUGGAGAAUCUGCUGGGGGAGUUCUCCAUCAAGAUGAAAGGUCUAGCUGGAUUCGCACGCCUCUGUCCUGGAGAUCAAUAUGAAAUUUUCAUGAAGUAUGGCCGACAGAGGUGGAAGCUCAAAGGCAAAAUAGAAGUGAACGGCAAGCAGAGCUGGGACGGAGAGGAAACGGUGUUCCUGCCCCUGAUCGCUGGACUAAUUUCUAUCAAGGUCACAGAAGUCAAAGGGCUGGCAACCCAUCUCCUGGUGGGCAGCGUGACCUGUGAAACCAAAGAGCUAUUUGCAGCCCGACCUCAAGUGGUGGCUGUUGACAUCAAUGAUCUUGGCACCAUCAAACUGAACCUGGAAAUCACCUGGUAUCCAUUUGACGUGGAGGACGUGACCCCAUCUUCAGGCACUGGGAACAAGGCGGCAGCCCUCCAGAGGAGGAUGUCCAUAUACAGCCAGGGCACCCCGGAAACGCCCACCUUCAAAGAUCACCCCUUCUUCAGAUGGUUGCACCCUUCACCAGACAAGCCCCGGCGGCUGUCUGUCUUGAGUGCCUUGCAAGACUCUUUCUUUGCCAAGCUGCACCGCAGCCGCUCUUUCAGUGACCUGCCCUCCCUCAGGCUGAGACCCAAGGCCGUGCUAGAGUUUUAUUCUAAUCUACCUGAUGACAUCAUUGAGAAUGGAAGGGCAGCUGAGGAGAAAACGCCACUGUCUUUCAGCUUCAGCGACCUGCCCAACGGGGACUAUGCCCUCCCCCCCAGCCCAGCCGGCUCUCUCUCCAACACAUGCUCAGCAAAUCCAGAAAUCACCAUCACCCCUGCUGAGCUACACCACAGCAGCCCAUCCUCCCAGAAUGAGGACACAGACGAUUCCAGUUCAGCAUGUUCCAGAACCUCCUCGGGAGGUGGCCAAGGGCUGAAGGCUCACCUGGAAGAAGACGCAGAGGGGUCCAGGAGAGCAGAGGCCCGCCGCGUGUCCACAGGUGCCUCGGCUGAGCACCUGUUCCUUGAGAAGGACGUCACAGAGGCACUUCUGCAAGAGUCCGAUGAGGCCUCUGAGCUCAAGCCCGUGGAACUGGACACUUUUGAAGGCAACAUCACAAAGCAGCUAGUCAAGAGGCUCACCUCAGCCGAGGUGCCGGCAGCCACCGAGAGGCUGCUCUUUGAGGGGUCUGUCAGUGGAGAAUCUGAAGGUUGUCGAUCCUUUCUAGAUGGAAGCUUAGAGGAUGCCUUUCAUGGGCUUUUCCUUGCAUUGGAACCACAUAAAGAGCAGUAUAAAGAGUUUCAGGAUCUAAACCAAGAAGUCAUGCAUUUGGAUGAUAUUCUAAAAUGCAAGCCCACAGGAAGCCGCAGCAGGUCUUCCAGCUUAAGUCUUACAGUUGAGAGUGCUUUAGAAAGCUUUGAUUUCCUGAACACCUCUGAUUUUGACGAAGAGGAAGAUGGUGAUGAGGUUUGUACUGUUGGAGGAGGUGCUGACUCAGUAUUUUCAGACACUGAGACUGAGAAAAAUAGUUACAGACCAGUACACCCAGAGGCCAGGGGGCAUCUUAGUGAGGCACUGACUGAAGACACAGGAGUCGGGACUAGUGUGGCAGGCAGCCCCCUCCCACUGACCACUGGAAAUGAGAGCCUGGAUGUCACCAUCGUGAGGCACCUACAGUACUGCACCCAACUCGUUCAGCAAAUUGUUUUCUCGAGCAAAACCCCCUUUGUGGCAAGAAAUCUCUUAGAGAAGCUUUCUAGGCAAAUCCAAGUGAUGGAGAAACUCUCAGCAGUCAGUGACGAGAACAUAGGAAAUAUCAGUUCUGUCGUGGAAGCCAUUCCAGAAUUCCACAAAAAGCUAUCUUUGCUGUCCUUCUGGACCAAGUGCUGCAGCCCGGUUGGGGUCUACCACAGCUCAGCUGACAGAGUGAUUAAGCAGUUGGAAACCAGCUUUGCCAGAAUUGUCAACAGAGACUAUCCAGGACUUGCAGACUCAGUGUUUCGAACCCUAGUGUCCCAAAUCCUGGACCGGGCCGAGCCUCUGCUCUCCUCCAGCCUGUCCUCAGAGGUUGUCACUGUUUUCCAGUAUUACAGUUACUUCACCAGCCAUGGUGUGAGCGACCUGGAGAGUUACUUGAACCAGCUGGCCAAGCAAGUUUCCAUAGUGCAGACUCUGCAAUCACUAAGAGAUGAAAAACUGCUCCAGGUCAUGAGCAGCCUUGCACACAGCAGCCUGCUGGCCCAGCAGGAGGUACUCAGGACCCUGGCUCUGCUCUUAACUGGGGACAACAAUAGAGUCACAGAGGCUGUGAGGCUCCACCUGGCAGCAGCUGCCAGAAACGAGCAUUUCAGGGAAAAGGCCUUGCUCUAUUAUUGUGAAGCACUAACAAGGACAGACCUCCAGCUCCAGAAGGCAGCGUGCCUGGCCCUGAAAAGCCUGGAGGCUACUGAAAGCAUUAAAAUGCUGGUAACCCUGUGUCAGUCCGAUGCUGAAGAAAUCAGAAAUGUGGCCUCAGAAACUCUCUUGUCUCUUGGAGAAGAUGGGCGGCUGGCAUAUGAACAAUUGGACAAAUUUCCUCGAGACUGUAUGAAAGUUGGAGGUCGUCAUGGAACUGAAGUGGCCACAGCCUUUUAAUCACCCGUUAGCUCUGCCUAACAGCUGUCUUAACAAAUUGCCCUUUUAAUCAAGAGGGUGCUGAGAUUUAGCUGGAAUGUGUUUAAAACUUGAAGAGUUCUGUUGAGGUUGUCUGGAAAUCUAACAUGUUAUAGAAAGAAUUCCCAGUCCAGUUUCACAGUACCCAUGUACUUUUCCUUUGGCCAGUACAAUAGGUCUGUGUGUAAUUUAGAUUACAUCGUUAAUUGCGUCAGACAAUACCUAGUGAAAGAGUCUGUCAUAUCUAAUAUGUAUGGAAUUUUUAAAUAGUCAUCUUUGUACUUUUUUGGAAGUUCUAUUAGCUUGAAACGGUACUGUGAUACUUUGAUAAAUACCUUGCAGUUUUUCUGUCGUGCUCUCAGGGUUCAGUGGCCCCCUUAGUUACCUAAUUUUAUCUUAAGUGAAAAGCACAAAAAAUUUUUUCAAAUAAAAGUUUGCCUGCAGAACCUGGUAAAAUGACAUUGUAAGAGUUUAAUGUUUUUUUAAUUUCAUUUUUCAAGCCUCCACUAUUUAUUUCUUUUCUCCAUCCUAAAAAUUCCAAAAGCAUGUUUCCAUUAUGGUAAAAAGACAGGUAGAUGAUUAUGAACUACUUGAUGAGAUUAUACCCAUACUUAUUAAAAAAAAAAGACACAAAGCUUGAGCUUUUUUUUUUUUUAAACAGCCUUUAUACUUUUACAAUAGAGGUAUUUUGCUGCUAAGACUAAUCAAAACCAAGAGCCAAGGAUUCAGAAAGCUGGGAUGCUCUUUGAGGUAGAAGAACAUGAAGUUGGACAAAUCCUAAUGAAGUGGAAGCAGAGGGACAUUAAAAGUGGUCCUUGCUUCUGUAAAGGUUACCGUAAGAUUAAGAAGACUGACUGCCCUGAGGGGUGGUUACUACCCCAGAGAAGUCACUCCCAACUGCAAGGAUCCCUUGGCCAAAUAGUUAAACAUCUCCAAUUAAUUGUUCAAAUGAAGGUAGCAAACCCAUUAAAUAAAAUACAAGACCCACUUCAGUAGCUCCUAUUAAAUAACCUUUCUUCUUCUUAAGAGUAUACGAGGUGAGAUAUGCCAAGAUAUCAAAAUAGUAUGUGUGAGUGUAACUUAAACUGUGGAAUAAUAACUGUAUUCUGGAUUGUUUGUAUAAAAUACCAUUUAGAUGUCAUUUUAAAUAUUUACAUUUUAGCAAGACCUUUAAAAACAACUCAUUUUAAAGUCAAAGUUGUUUGCCAGGCUUCCUGGCAAAUAGUCCUUCUAACUGUGAAGUUAUAAUGUGUAUAUAUAUUUGUAUAUUUAUAAAUAUUAUAUAUAUGCAUAUAUCCUUCAUUUUAAAAGUACAUUGUA